GCGGGGCAAACGGCCAGGGCACCGCGUUGUACACCCAAGACGCGACUUCUGUUUUUACGCACGCAAAAAAGCGAGGGAAAGUGACCAAGUGCGGAGCUAAACUAAACCAAACCAAAGCCAGCCGACCACGCCACCAUCCGUUGCACUCCUGCCAAAUUAAGUACCCCAUCAUUCCACUUCACACUCCAAUCCCAAUCACUCUCUCCCUCUCCCCCACCACCUCACCAUGGCUGUUCUCCUUGUCCUUCUCCCGUUCCUCCUCGCCGCCGGCCUCGCCAAUGCUGACCCACCGCCCGCCGUCAUCGUGCUCAAGGACGGCACCACCUGCACCCUCUGCGCCUCCUGCGACAACCCCUGCAACCCCUCAUACUACCCGCCUCCGUCCCCUCCCCCGGCUCCGGUCACAACGCCGUGCCCGCCCCCGCCUUCCUACCCCUCCGGCGGCGGCAGCGGCGGAGGCACAGUGGUCUACUCGUCCCCGCCACCUCCAUCCAACAACGGCGGCGGUGGCGGCAGCGGAGGCUACUACUACCCACCGCCCACUGGCGGGUCUGGUUCCUCCGGGGGCGGAGGAAACGGCGGCAGCGGUGGAGGCGGGGCCUACCCGACGCCGCCCCCGCCCAACCCGUUCCUGCCUUACUUCCCCUUCUAUUACUCAAGCCCGCCGCCGCAGUUCCACUCCAGCGGCUCGGCCUUGGCCGCCUCAACGGCAGCGACGGUGCUUCCGCUCCUCUCCGGGUUGCUGCUGUGGUGAGAGCGAGAUAGAGCUGCCGUGUCAAUGCGCUGUGCUUUUUACACUAGGGGUGGUGAUUCUCUUGUGGCCGCUGUAAUUUUAGUAAAUUUUAAUUGUAAUUUUAUAACUUCUAGAACUACCAAUACUCAUAUAAACGGAUCUAGUAGUUGAACCGUUCAUUCCCAAACAAAACGAUUUAAGAAAUAUGUUCACUUA